CUCUCUAACUAGAAGACUUUCUUAUUCUAAAGACCUCUGCCUAUAAGUAAGGCACCCCACCUUUCUUGUAACUAGUAUCCAAAUCCCAACUUUUCUCUCUUGUUAUUACUCCUCUAGCUUUUUCCAAGCUCUGAUUUGCUUCACCUUUCCUUUUAGAAACACAACACAUUUCUCAUACACCUUCCAGCCAUGGAUGCUGCUGCUGGAAAACUCUCAGUUGUGGUCUUUAUGGUGCUAGUAAUAGCCACCAUUUCCAACUCUGUUUUUGCAGAUCCGGAUAUGCUCCAAGACGUUUGUGUUGCUGAUCUCAAUAAUGCUGUGAAGAUGAAUGGUUUUGCAUGCAAAUCAAACUUCAGCGCAUCAGAUUUUUUCUUUGCUGGUCUAGCAAAGCCACAGCCCACCAACAAUUUGAUGGGUUCACACGUGACUCUAGCCGAUGUGAUGCUAAUUCCUGGGCUCAAUACCUUAGGUCUCUCCAUAGCCCGCAUCGACUAUGCCCCCGGCGGCAUUAGGACGCCUCACACCCACCCACGCGCCACCGAGAUAUUUUUCGUUCUCUACGGAGAAUUGGAUGUGGGGUUCAUUACCACAGCUGAAGUGCUUGUUCCCAUGACCCUCAAACAGGGUGAUGUAUUUAUUUUCCCUAAGGGUUUGGCUCACUUCCAAAUUAAUAAUGGAAAAACACCGGCCUCUGCUAUUGCAGUAUUCGACAGCCAGAAUCCUGGUGUCCAGGACAUUCCCCCCACGUUGUUUACCGCCAUGCCCCCGGUGCCGAAUAGUGUGUUGAGUAAGGCUUUCCAAAUAUCAUAUCAAGAGGUUGAUGCAAUCAGGUCAAGGCUUGCUUGAAACCCCUAAAGGGUGCUUUGUGAUCUGGGGUGGGUAUGUUGUUGGUUUUCUUGUUUUUGUUGUUGUUGUUGAUAUUGAGAUAAGAAUUCAUGGUUUCAUGAAAAUAAAUAGUGGGUCGGAAAGUGAAUCGAUGUUGUAUUUUUAGUCCAUUUACGUAUGUAUUUGGUUUCAUUUCUUCUGUUUACCGAUAAAUAAGAUGAGUGUUUUAAAUAACAA